CAUUACAGAUAGUUUAGAGUAUCAAUUCAGUUUCCAGUUCCAAUAACUGAAGGGAAAUAGAAUGUCACGACAUUUUAAAAUUUUAAUUUUGUUUGCUGCAUUUGCUUUAUUGAAUGGCCAUGGAGUUAAAGCUAACGACGAUGUGGAUGUGGAUGCGGAUACAGCUGUGACUGCUGACCAGAUAUCCGCUCGUUUUUUUAAUCAACCUGUACUAUUGGGCGAUAAGGAGUAUUUCAUAGGCGCUUACCAAAAGCUUAAUUGGCAUCGCGCCAACCAACUAUGCGCUCUUGGAAAUAUGUCUUUGACUGCCAUCGAAUCAAGUACAGAACGAGAUCUCUUAUCAACUUAUUUGUAUAGUAAAAAAAUGUUAGGUAAAGGCUACUGGAUUUCUGGAUCAAAUUUGGCUGACCCUAAUACAUAUACAUGGUCGCAGACUGGACGGAAUUUCUUCUAUACUGCCUGGCAAUAUAGGCAACCACCUGCAGGACCCACCAGAUAUUGUGUUCAGACCAAUGGCCAAUUUUAUUGGACAACAUCAAAUUGUUUGAUUGAACGUUAUUUCAUUUGUUCUCGGCCGUUGGAGCCAGCUUGUGGUGCCAAUGGUAAUUGUUAUUACGCUGGGCCUUAAAAUUAAAAGUAAAAAACUUGAAUAAAAUUGAUGGACAUUUCACAAAA